GGAAUGGAGAACCUCUCGAAACCGUCAUAUUGUUGGAUGAAGAAGAUUCGGGAUUUCUCACAAGUAUCAACUUUCCACACAUUCCACCAGAAGGAGUUACCUACACUCAACGUCUGCUAGCUCCUCUGCAAUUCAGAAUACGUGUUGUUUUCGAUAAACUGAUGUGGGAGGAAAGUAUCUGUACAAAUAGAUUGGCAAUAGAUGGUAUCGAUGAAGAACGACACCGUGUGGAGGAAAUGUGUACUAGCAAUUCAAACCGAGGGUUUCGAAAUCCCGUUGAGCCCUCAGAGGACGUAAGUCAAAUGCUUAUGAAUGCUGAAAAAGGCACCAUAAAUUCAACCAAACAUAUAAAUAACUCUGACUACGGACGCAUGUUGUCCAAAGACUCCACGGACGAGCCAUUACCAUUAUCUAGCCAAUCCGAUAUUCCUCAUAGCCAGUCGACGCAACUACAGAAUGUCUCUGAUGUAUCUAGCGAAAACUUAGACCUGCUGUUCCCGAAUCCCGAAAUUUCUGCUAGCGCAUCAUCAAACCUUCCUGACUCAGCCAGACUGCCCACAGGACCCAAAUCACCUCUUCGCAAGUCUCCUAAGCUGCUCAGAAUACCAAGAAUGUUCUUCGACGAGUCGGUAGAACCUCUUAAGUUACCAGACACGUCAUCUAAAGAGCAGGUUCAUCAGUGGUUUGAAAUGACCGAAGGAACAAAUCAAGAAAAUGGACGAUAUUGUGAUCAAAACUUGUUUCGGAUUCCGUUCAAACCUCUCAGCCAGAGAAUGCUCGAAGAACCAUUCUGGUUAGGCCUAAUUACCAUGUCCGUUGUUCUUCUAGUUAUCAUUUUAGUCUAUUGCGUGAAACGGAAAUUUGCUGAUAAAAUUGAAAGAUUUUUAGCAGAAGAAAUUGAAAAGAGUAAAAAUAACCCAUCUCCAUCAGCUGCUUGUUAUGGCCUACAUCCAAGCCAAGGGAGUCAUACGCAGGGCAGUAUGCUUACGGAAAAUCACCCAAAUUCUUUAUUCAACAGACUCAGAACUCACAGUUUUUGCGCUUCUUUCGAUAAUUCUCUGAAUAGUCCAAGCAACGGAGCGCAUGGACAUUCUUUUAAUUUUGAUGAUUUUCUCAAACGAAGUCACUCAACAAAGAAACUUCAGUCAGAUAGACUAAAACGUGAUAAUGAAAAAAAUAACAAAGAGACGUCGGAAAUUUUGGCAUCGUUGGUAAAGGCCAACCAAAAUUCAAAGCCGAGAAGGAUGAGCUUGGAUGAAUUUUUAAAAACAAGUGGCAAAUUAAGAUUAACGUGGAUGAGCGAUAAUCCCAAAAGUAUGUCAACUACCAGUGAAGAAAUGUCAGAAGGGUAUCUGGGUAAUCAAUUAGCUCCACAAUUUUCUUGCCAUUCGGCCCCAUCUUUCGCCGAAUUCAAUCAGUCUAUGGACGAGCAAUCAUUUGAGCACGAAACUUCCGAAAAUCCACAGUGCAAAGUGAAAAUGGAAGAGGUGAACACAAAAUCCUCACCAAUUCAAACAUUUGGUGAUUUAAUACGUAAAAAUAUUGUUGAACAAGCUGUUACUGGCUCUGUUGAAGAACUAUUACAACAAGAAUUUAAUAAUCUAGCCGAUUCUCGUGACUCAAAUGAAAAAUUGAUUGAAGACUUAAAUGAAGCCAUAGUAAAACAAAGUCAAUCAAAUAUUAGUCGUUCCGGAACCGCUGAAACACUAACAAACUCCUCUUUGCCUCCUUCGCCUAUGAAGUUUCUUGUGCCGUCCAAACCCAGCACCCAAAAAAAGACAAGGCUGAGAAAACUGGGGUUAUUUUUCCCAAAAAAAUUUUCAGAAGUAUGUUCUCCACCAAAGAUAUUGAUUACUUCGAAUAUGAACUCAUACGAAGCAGAUGUCGUAAGUCCUAACGUUUCAGCUCAGUCUGUAACCUAUUUAAGUCCUCAGCCAUUUGUAUGGCCUGCAGGUGGUCGUACAGCUUCAGAGACCAACCUUAGCACAUCCGGUUACUCUUCACUAGCCAGCCCUGGUCUCUCUAGAUCCAGCUCUUGCAACCCAGUUGAAGAUACGAUUAAUGGAAGAAAUCAGAUGAAGAAGUCAUCAUCUAAAUUUCUUCAAGUUCCUACGGAUAACUCUCUGUUCUCGCCACGACCUCGAGCAAUGGAAGACUUCUCCAGUGACUCUCAAGCAACUCCUACUUCAAAUAAGAAAGCAGUUGUUUUGUUGAAACCAAUGUUUGAAAUAGGGGGAAUGGGACCACCUGAAAAUCCUAACAAUAUUUUGAAUCUAAAGCGUUCUGUGGACCUACCAAGAGAAAAGACAGAAGAGGAAAAACGAAAAUCCAGGGAAGCUUUUCAUAAAUUGGUAGCUGCAUGCAGUUCUAGAAGUAAUGAAAAACUAAGUCCAUGUGUUUUAUCGCAACCGAAUGUGUGUAGCAACUUUGGACAGAUCUCUGGACCACCAAUGUCUUCUUCAGAUACACUGGUUCCCCAUAACAAAGAAGAAAAUGCCUCUAUUGUUCCAUUGCGUAACAAUUCUCUUAUAUUAAGAAACCCAAACAAAGCCAAAAGUCUCGAUGGUAUUUUAGCACCUAAAGCACCAAAAUGUAUAGAAGAAAAGCUUCGAUCUCGGUCUGAAGCAUGCGAAAAAACGUCUAGUAUUUCUACCGAAAAUUUAAAUUCAUUUUUAAAUUAUAAUGUGUUCAAACGGUGCAAUGGAUCUGUUACAAAUUACGACACUUCCAAAUGGAAGAGUGAGCAAACUUUUUGUAAUCGUGAUCUCAAUAAGAAACGUACCUCAAAUCUUUGUACAAGAUCUUUUAGUAUGUCAGAUCUGUUUCCGUUCAACAACGAAAAACGAAACACCGAUAACAUAAAGUAUUUCUCACUGGAGUCGAUCAGUUUCCACGCGUUACUUGAAAAACGUGACUUUUUUCAAAAUGGAAUUGUCAACGACAUGGUUUUGCAAAAUCAGUUAUUUAAAUCUAAUGGCAAACCAGCGAAUGCUACAAAAAAUGAAGAUAAUACGUGUACCUCUUUUAAGAUGGAACCAAAUUCAUCACCAUUUGUUUUCCAUAAACGCAGAGGAAUGCUUGAUGGGGAAAUAAGGCAACAGCUUCAAAUCCCUUCUCAGCAGAGGGACGCUAAGCAGGAUGUUCAUUGUUCAUCAGUUUUUACACCAUCUCGUCAGCGUCAUCAUCCCAGUCUUCAACGGCAGGCGGCUCUUCAAGAAGAAGAUAAUAGGUGA